CGGGCACGAGCGCCUGGGGGGAGGAGGACGCGGGACGGUGGCGGUUAUGGCGGAGGGGUGCCGCGUUCCUGUCGCGGAAGCAGAGGGGCCCGGGCAGCAGGAGCAGCUCGGGGCCGAGCGGAGCCUGGAGGCGCUGAGCCUGGAGUGCGGAGCAACCGGCGCGGGAGCGCGGCAGCCGUGGGGUCGUAGAGCCACCAUCGCCAGCGCGCUGGAGCUGGAGGGCAGCGUGCGCCGCGAGGGCCUCCUCACCCACUUCGUAGCCAGCAACCUGCAGCGGAAGAUCCAGCUCAGCGCGCCCGCCGCCAGCGCCAUCCCCCCCGUAGACCCCGCGGCGCUGCGGGACCUGGUGGCGCUGGCCGGGCAGGUGGCCGCGCAGGUGGAUGAGCUGCUGCGCAGCGUGCACUGCGGCCUGCAGGCCCUGACCGCACUGAGCGUGGGCUGCAUCCAGACCUACCGCGACGGCGUGGAGAGCCUGGGCGAGGCCGUGGACACCAGCAUCCGAGCCAUGUACACACUGGUGGCGCGGUGCGAGGAGCUGGACCUGGCCAUGCAGCCCGUGCCGGCCUUGGCCAGGCGCAUCCGUGACAUGAAGGGCACGCUGGAGCGGCUAGAGGGGCUCUGCAAAUAGCACCCUGGGGCGGCCGUAACCCCUUAGCCGAUGGCCCACGUCGCUCAAACACCAUGUGCCUAAUCCAACAAGCCAUCUCCAGCAGGUGCUGCUCCUUCACACACACUGCACCUCGGCAUGCGGCAGCUCAGGAGCUGGUCACAGGCCCAGGAUUGAUACUCGGGGAAAGUUUGCCUCCCAUCUAAAGCACUUUAUGCUCAUCUGCCUUGAUCUCCGAGCUGAGGGGUGGCUUCUUCCACUGCUAUUUCUGUUGAAUGUUUUCUUCUGAAAUACCAAUGAAUAGUUCCACUAAACUUAAAUAAAGAUAUUUGGUAUUUUUU